GGGACGAAAGAAUCCAGAAGCCCUCGCGCGACCCGAGCCGAUGGCUGCCGACGCUCCGACGUCCGCGGCCGCCUCUGUCAUCGCUUCCCGUCCUUCCAUCCUCCGCCGGUUGGUCGCGCUCGACACCGCCCUGUCCCUCCGCGUCCACUCCUUCUGCCGCCCCGUUCCCCGCCCCCUCCUCAAAGCCCUCGAGAUCUCCGGCGACGGCCGCUUCUGGUUCCCCAUCCCCGUCGCCCUCCUUCCCCUCUCCUCCGCCUCUGGCGUCGCCUACUCCCUCUUCCUCGGCCUUCUUCUCGGUUCCCUUCUCGACCUCCUCCUCGUUGGCCUCAUCAAGCACCUCGUCCGCCGCCCCCGGCCUGUCUACAACAAGGGCAUGAGCCUCACCUUCGCCGUCGACCACUGGUCCUUUCCCAGUGGCCACUCCUCCCGGGUCUUCUUCAUCGCCGCCUUCCUCCGCCUCUCCUCCGCCUCCCUCCGCCGCGUCCUUCUCUUCGACGGCCCCAUCGCGCCCGCCCGCCGCUGGAUCGAGGACUACUACGACGGCGAGCUGGCCGAGCUCCUGGUGUGGAUCGUUUCAACGUGGUCGGUGGCCACGUCGACUUCUCGCGUCCUCCUCGGUAGGCAUUUCGUUCUUGAUGUUAUUGCUGGGGCAUUCUUGGGCGUCUUGGAAGCUCUGCUUGUACUCUAUUUCUUGCAUCUGUAGCCAUCAUGCUAUUAUUGUUUGAUGGGAGAUAGGAUUUUUUUUUUCCAAUCUAAAUCAUAAUGUGCUUCCAGUUUUGUCUUAUAUCUUUAUGGAUACUAUUUAUAAAACUAAACAUCUAAAGUUAUUUA